AUGUUAGUUGACAACUCUUCUAAUAAGGGUAAGGGUAAGAAGAAACCCAAGAAGAAGCCCACUGCACCUAAGGGUGGUAUGACUAAACCUGAAGGUAAGGGAAAAGCUUACCAAUCUGAUGUUGAAUGUUUCUUCUGUAAGAAGAAAGAGUAUUGGAAGAGAAACUGUAAGGAGUAUCUUGCAUAUCUAAAUGACAAGAAACAAGAAGGAAGCACUCCUGGGUCUGGUUUAUCAUGCAAUUUGAUUCACAUUUCAUGGGCACUUCUUGAACUCAAAUGCAAAGAUCUGGACUUUUUUCUUCGGACACUAUUUUUUCCUUUCUGCAGAUUCGACGAGUGGCUUUGUUUGAAGGUGAGAUGGGAUCCGGUGGGAGCAAGGCGCAUUCCGGCUCGUCAUCGUCAUCCUCUUCGUCGUCAUCACCAUCUUCGAGUGGUAGACGGAGGGAAGAUCGAGAGGAGUAGGUUUCCAAUCGUCGUGUUUAGCACCGCGUCUAGAUCCUGUGACAGUGACAACGAUGAUCAGGUAUGCAAUCAUCAAAACAAAGAAAAUGGUAGUGAUCCUUCAUGUACAGAACAGACAGAAACAGAACCAGACGAGGUGAAAACAAAUAGCGACAGAAAAGUUAAAGUUGAAAACUCUGAUGGGGAGCCUUGUGUAUCUUCCAAUGACGAGCUUGAUGGUUGGGGUGAAGCAAGCAUAGGUACUACUGCCUCCAGAACUGGUAGCACUUCUGCCCAAGCUUCUUCUACUCAAUCCUUGAGCACUGCAGAUCGUAUUCUUUCUCGGUUUAGUUCCAUCCCUGGUAAUGUAAGCUUGAGACUAAACAGAGCUUCCAGUUUAGGAUCUUCAAGAUCUUAUCGUCGUUCAUCAACAAGUCUUGCAAUGUUGAACAAUGAAGAAUGUCUUAGUAUAGGGUCAGGAUCUGCAGGUAGCUUUUUAGAUAGAAUUCAAACUCAGCAAGUCUGUGACUCACUUCCUGCAUCUCUAAGCAAUGGAACUCUUGGGCAAGUCGAUAGGAACCCCUCUGUUAAUGAUGCAGCUAGAGAUACUGGUGCUCUCAACAUGGGGCUUGAUGUCAACCUUAAUUCUCCCAGAACGGGUAAUGAUUUGGAUAGUGUUGACACUAGAACUUCUGAUAGAUGGAUAGGAGCUCGAGAACCUGUAGAAAGGAAUGUUCGUUUUAGCAGAACUCUAAGUGUUGGAAGACUACGUGAUAGAGUUCUUCGACGAUCAUCACUAUCUGAAUUUACAUUCUAUCCUUUGGAGCAGGUGAGAGAAAUUAGAGAUGCUAGUCUUGGUAGUGGGAGGCAGAUCUUGAGGGGUGAGACAAGAUUAUCAGCAACUGAAGGGGCUUCACUGACCUUCCCCUCUGCAUCUGGUCAUCCGCCAUCCAACAUCUCUGACUCAUUUUUUGGAAUUCAAGGUUAUGAUGGGGAAACCCCUCGUCCAAGGGAGGCUAGGUAUCAUGACCUAUUGGAACAUAGAUCAAACUUCCUGGAAAGGAGGAGAAGAAUACGAUCUCAGGUUCGUGCUCUUCAACGUUUGGGAAGUCGUUUCGAAAACCUCUCUGGUCAUGAGAGAACUUGUAUAUUAUCUGGUCAACAUCGAAGAGGUCGUUGCACAUGUCGUUCAAAUAAUCGUGAUGCCAAUUUGAAUGAUGACAGUAGCACUAGGGCUAGCAUAUCAAGGAUUGUUAUGCUAGCUGAAGCUUUGUUUGAGGUUCUGGAUGAAAUUCACCAGCAAUCUGUAGUUUUAUCUUCCCGACCUUCUGUGUCCUCAAUUGGAUCUGUCCCUGCUCCUAACAAUGUUGUCGAUUCAUUACCUGUCAAAUCAUACACCAAGUCACAAAGACAUCAAAAUGAAGAGGUCUCGCAAUGUUACAUAUGCCUAGUGGAGUAUGAAGAUGGCGAUUCCAUGCGGAUAUUGCCUUGCCAUCAUGAAUUUCACAAAACUUGUGUAGAUAGUGGCUUAGAGAUUCAUAGAGUAUGCCCACUGUGUCGGGGAGACAUUUGCCGAUCUGAUUCAGUGGCCGUAGAGAGCUGACAUUGAAGAGUUGUUUAAGUGUUGGGUUGUCAAGUAAUGAUGUAGGCAAAGCACAGGUUUUAUAGCUGGUUGAGAAGGUUGGAUAUUAUUUUGGGGGAAUGAAUGGAGAGGUUUGUUUAUGAGACUUCUUUCACCUAGAAAAAUAUAAUAAACUGCUAUUCUUGACAGCAUUCUUUUUAACA